UUUCCUUCUACAAAUUUCAAUUUACCUAUAUUGGCUACAUCAACCCAUCCCACACACCCAACUUAAAAUGCCUUGAAUUUCAGAUUUAAAUUGAGUCUUCAGCCCAGCCUGGGGUUUCCGAAUGAAAUUGACUUGGUCUGUUUGACUAAAUGGGGUUUGGUGAUAAAAUUUUUCAAAAUAUCAGUUGUUUUCCAAAGAUUGAUUAAUCCGAGAAAAGUAGUUCUUCAAAUGCCUUUAUGGGACUGAAAAAAAGCAAUUUUUUCCUCGGAACAAGUUAUUUCCACCUUCCAUGUGAAGAGUGACUGUUAAAACAUGAGAACGGAAGCUGCCGAUGCAUACAGGACUUAAUCCAAUUCGAGCUGAAUUGUCAUCAGUCUGGGAUUUACAGGUCUCAUGGAGAGUAAUGGGAACUUGGUAAAGCAUGUGGAGAAACAAAGCACUCGAGUUUUGUUUUGUGGACACCAUUUCCCUGCUUCUCAUGAAUAUACAGCAGAGUAUUUGCAAAAUCAUCCCAAUAUCAAGGUUGAUGUUCUCUCUUUUGAAGAUGUGCGCAAGGAUAUUGCCAACUAUCAUGUCUGCAUAGUAAAAAGCAUGAGGCUGGAUUCUGAUAUAAUUUCUCGUGCCGUUCAGAUGCAGCUGAUAAUGCAGUAUGGAGUUGGGCUGGAAGGUGUUGAUAUUGAUGCCGCAACAAAGCAUGGAAUUAAAGUUGCUAGGAUCCCAAGUGAUGUUACAGGAAAUUCAGCUUCAUGUGCUGAAAUGGCCAUAUAUCUAAUGCUAGGUCUCCUCCGAAAGCAAAAUGAACUGCAAGUUUCCAUACAACAGAAGAAGCUUGGAGAGCCAAUUACUGAAACUCUAUUUGGUAAAACUAUAUUCAUUUUGGGCUUUGGGAACAUUGGAAUGGAUUUAGCAAAGCGUUUACAGCCAUUUGGUGUACAAGUUAUGGCUACAAAGCGUAGCUGGGCUUCAUAUGUACAAGACGCUAGCAAAUUAAGCAGAAAUGAUGAACGUGAUCUUGUUGAUGUGAAGGGUAGUCAUGAAGAUAUAUAUGACUUUGCUAGGAAGGCUGACAUUGUUGUUUGCUGCCUAAGAUUAAACAAUGAAACGGUUGGUAUUAUAAACAAUAAAUUCAUAUCUUCUAUGAAAAAGGGUGCCCUUCUGGUAAAUGUUGCUAGAGGUGGUCUUGUGGACUAUGAGGCUGUGAUGAACAACCUUGAAUCAGGUCACUUAGGAGGGUUAGGCACUGAUGUUGCUUGGACUGAGCCGUUUAACCCUGAUGACCAGAUAUUUAAAUUUAAGAAUGUUAUCAUCACUCCUCAUGUUGCAGGCGUCACAGAACAUUCUUAUAGAUCCAUGGCUAAGGCUGUUGGUGAAGUUGUUCUUCAGCUUCAUGCCGGGCUUCCUCUGACAGGGAUAGAGUUAGUUAAUUGAUUUAUGACAAACAAAUCAUUUCAUUAUCGUCCACUUCCUGAAUUUUAUGAUUUAAGAAGAAUUCUAAGGUGCCAAGACACAGCAAUUUGAAAAGAAAAUUGAGAUCAAGCUAUGUUAUGUGUUGUUCAUUUGUUGUUUCUAUCGUUGAACCAAUUGUUCUUUAGUGUAGUGAGCUGUGGAAACCCAAUUUAUGUUGUCUAUUAUAUGCAGACAACUAAGAUCACGGAAUGAUGUUUAUUAUUUUGGAUCCCAUUACCAAGAUUGGGAAUGCAUGACUAAGUUGUAGGAAGGACUGUGAUUUGAAAUU